UGAUGAUCAGUGUGGCCCAGAAGUGCUACUAUCAGUGUCCGUCAGUGUCCGUCAGUGCCAGCAGUCAGUGCUCAUCAGUGCCACAUGCCAGUGCCCAUCAAUGCCACAUAUCAGUGCCCAUCUGAGCUGCCUUUCAAUGUCACCCAUCAGUGCCAGUCUGUGCCACCUAUCAGUGCUGCCAAUCAGUGCCACCUAUCAGUGCCAGUCAGUGCCGCCUAUCAGUGCGCAUCAGUGCCGCCUAUCAGUGCGCAUCAGUGCUGCCUAUCAGUGCUGCCUAUCAGUGCCAGUCAGUGCCACUUAUCAGUGCCAUGCCAGUCAGUGCUGCCUAUCAGUGCCGCCUAUCAGUGCCAUAUAUCAGUGUCAUGUAUCAGUGCUGCCUUCCAGCGCCCAUCAGUGAUGCCUCUCAAUGCCCAUCAGUGCAACCUAGCAGUGCCUCCUCAUCAG